UCCCCAGUGAACAUCAUGGGGUCACGAUGGAUGCUCCAAUACGCCAUCGUCAUCGGUCUGCGCUUGGCAUGCGGCGUGAUUGUAAACACUACUGACAGGACAGCAGUUGAAGGUUGGAACCCAGUUGACAUUACCUGCUCAUUCAGCUUGUCUGAAGGGGAGGAGGUAGACUAUGUGUAUAUUGACACUUACGUGGACAGUAUCGGUUUCGUUGAUCUGGUUAACUUCUGGCCCCUCAACACCACGACCGAGUACCUGCCGGGUGGGGCCAGGCUGAGGAACAGGACGACCCUGGUGGUGGAGGACGGUCAAGUGGCUCUCCGGUUUAAUGUGGUGGAGUGUGGAGACGCCACCAGCUACUACUGCAACGUUCAGACCAAUGUUACAUACGCAUAUGAAGGCAUGGACUUACAAGUUGUAGGACCAAUAUCCAAACCAAAAAUUAUAAUACCCACCGGUUGCUAUGACGACGGCCAGGACCUGGAUGUGGCCUGUCUGGGAGCAGUAAGAGGGUCUGAUGCUGAGUUCAAGUGGUAUGGGUACCGUGAAGGUCGUGACCCCGUUGACCUGACGCCCUAUGCUGACCGAGGCGCCCCCUACCAACCGGAUGGAAAAUGUGGAUACAAACUGGUCACUCAUUUGAAGGUUAACCUGACGAGCGAGGACGAUGGCAUGGUCCUGCGCUGUGUCUUGAGUGACCAGACAGAAGGCUUGUCUCCAUCCCCAAGGGACCUCUGCGGUGAAUACUGCACUGACACGGACAAUCUUACAAUGUCAGCGCCACUCUCCAAACCCACACUGACUGUAAGCAAGACAGCAGGUUGUGUUGGCGAUUCUGUGACCUUCCACUGUUCUGGACCUGUCGGAGAUCCAUCUAGGUCCUUCACGUGGACCGCACGCCGACCGAGGCAGGUGCCCGUGGACCUGACGUCCCUGUCGGACCCUGGCUACCCCUACCGACGUCUGGGAUCUUGUACCUAUGAGAGGCACAGUCACCUCACCCUGACGCUAGUGCAGGCUGACCAGGAAAUGUCCGUCAGGUGUGAGGUUUCUCAUCGGUCACUCCACAUCUCAGAGGGAGACAGCUGCGGAUUGUAUUGUUCGGAAUCAGAAAGGAUUAGUCUUGCUGAUGCGACCACAUGUGGGUGUUCAGCAAAGCUUUUCAAUGUCUUCAUCGUCGUGUGCUCCCUGAUUCUGGUACGACUACAUCACGACGAGCUGCUUGUGUGACACGAACGGAAAGUGUACACAUAUACAUAUAUAUAUACAGAUAAUAGUGACAUCGAUCUAGAACACUGGGCCUAGAUUUUCGAAGCUCUCUUAACGCUAAGACAGUCGUAAGUGCCAUACAUUAACAUUAACUUACGACUAUCUUAGCGCUAAGAGAGCUUCGAAAAUCUAGGCCCUGGUGAUUUUACACUUUGAACUGGAAAAGGGAUGUGCCUCGGCGGCGUACGGAAUGGUCACUGAACGUUGUUCAAUCAGACAAUUAUAACUAUAAAUAUUGACACUGCUCAUGAUAAGGUCAUAUAGUCAGACAAAGAUGUGAAAAGAAAUGUGUCAUUGAAAAUGUGUUGAUGGAAAAUUAAACUUGAUACGAUCCA